AUGGCUGAAACCAAGAACCAACAAGGCUUUGUUUUUGCUGGCAAGAAAAGAUCAUCAACAGGGCAAGGUGGUGACGAUGAUUUUAUUGUUGCUAAUAAGAAACCAAUGCUAUCUACGGGCAUGCCUUCCAUGUGGGAUGAUCCAGCUGCAGCAUUAGCUUCCUCGAGGCAUGAAUUUGGUGAACAUGGUGGUGUUAACAUGUCUAUUGAGGCCUCUGCCACCUUCACUGUCAUGGAGCCCGAAACCAUGCGCCGUAUGUUUACUGGCGAGCUUGGUCCUGACCGUGACUUCUUCAUAUACAGCCGGCACUUUAAUCCCACCGUUUUAAAUCUUGGCCGUCAGAUGGCUGCUCUUGAAGGCACCGAGGCUGCUUAUUGCACCGCUAGUGGUAUGUCUGCGAUUUCAUCGGUGUUGCUACAGCUUUGCAGUAGUGGAGGACACAUGGUGGCAUCAAGGACCCUCUAUGGUGGGACUCAUGCAUUACUAACCCAUUUCUUACCAAGGGCAUGUAACAUAACGACAACAUUUGUGGACGUCAGUGAUCACGAGAUGGUGAAAAAUGCAAUAGUCGAAGGACAGACCAAAGUUUUGUACUUCGAGUCCAUGUCUAACCCAACUUUGACUGUUGCUAACAUCCCUGAACUGAGUAGAAUAGCCCAUGAUAGAGGGGUCACAGUUGUGGUGGACAACACUUUUGCUCCAAUGGUUCUGUCCCCAGCUAGACUUGGAGCUGAUGUGGUUCUGCAUAGCAUCUCCAAGUUUAUUAGCGGUGGAGCUGAUAUCAUUGCAGGUGCUGUUUGUGGUCCAGCCAACCUGGUGAAUUCAAUGAUGGAUCUUCAGCAAGGAGCCUUAAUGCUUCUUGGUCCGACAAUGAAUGCCAAGGUUGCCUUUGAAUUGUCAGAGAGGAUUCCUCAUUUGGGGUUGAGAAUGAAGGAGCAUUGCCACCGUGCAAUGGUUUAUGCCACCAAAAUGAAGAAACUAGGCCUCAAAGUCAUUUACCCUGGCCUUGAAGAGCACCCUCAGCAUGAGCUCUUAAAGUCCAUGGCAAAUAAAGAUUAUGGGUUUGGUGGCCUGCUUUGCAUUGACAUGGAAACUGAGGAAAGGGCUAACCGUUUGAUGAACCACUUGCAAAACUGCACCCAAUUUGGGUUCAUGGCAGUGAGCUUGGGCUAUUAUGAGACCCUUAUGUCUUGCUCUGGUAAUAGCACUAGUAGUGAAUUGAAUGACGAGGAACAGGCACUCGCUGGCAUUUCACCAGGAUUGGUGAGAAUGUCUGUGGGAUUCCUUGGCACUUUGGCUCAGAAAUGGAGCCAAUUUGAGAAGGCUUUUUCAAGGCUGCAGGAUUCAGGGUUGUACAAGAAAUGA